GACGUAUUCAGUAAAGUUCAUUUGUGUUGUAAGUGUGCGUUUACAUUUGAUUUUUUAUGGCUAGUGACCCUUUUUUUUAGGUUUAUUAUAAAUAGACUACAAAUUAACAAGUCAUAAGUGAUAAGGCCUCAGUUUUAUGAUUUUUGGGUCUUGUUAGAAGUGGUUUGACAUGUGGCAUUAAAAGAAUAUAGCCGACCGCUUAUAUUUUUACACAACAAACAUGUUCAGAACAAAGAUUAGAAUACAUACAUGUCGAAUAAUUUUGCUCACAUCUCUCGUAUGGCUUCUUGUUGAUGUCGCGCUCUUGGCACUCUAUUCGGACUGCAUAGGAGAUGGAUGGAAUUGCAGUAAGAAACCAUCCAGUGAAAUUGCCAUAAAGCAUAAUGAAGAAUUUGGAGGGAAAAGGGCAGCCAUUGCAGCUGCUCUUAAAAAUGAUAUAGAUGAUGAUGACACUAAUAUUGAAGAAAAUGAAGUGGAGCAAGACAUAGGUGAUGAUGGACUGAUGCUGCCUCCAUAUCCAAAGUCCAGGCUGAAGAGGUGGGCCCCAGCUCCGACGAUCCUACCUCGUGGUGAUGGCCCUGGUGAAUUGGGUAAAGCGGUGAAUAUUCCGAUUGAGGAUGAGAAAAUUAUGUUAGAGAAGUUCCAAGAGAAUCAGUUCAACCUGAUGGCCAGCGACAUGAUAUCACUGAACAGAUCUCUCACUGACGUCAGAGUUGAGAAAUGCAAAGACAAGAGGUAUCCGAAGCUCUUGCCUACUACAAGUGUUGUUAUUGUGUUCCACAAUGAAGCUUGGACAACACUCCUGAGAACAAUAUGGAGUACAAUCAAUCGUUCACCGAGACCGCUGUUGAGGGAAAUUAUACUUGUUGAUGAUGCCAGUGAAAAAGAACACCUGGGUAAGAAAUUGGAGGAGUACAUCAAGACUCUGCCGGUGGAGACGCGACUGUUCCGCACGGAGAACAGGAGCGGAUUGAUACGCGCGAGGCUGCUGGGCGCCAAGCACGUGAAGGGGGACGUUAUCACUUUUCUGGACGCGCAUUGUGAAUGCACUGAGGGCUGGUUGGAGCCCCUCCUAGCGAGGAUCGUAGAAGACAGGACAAUAGUGGUGUGCCCCAUUAUUGAUGUUAUAUCCGACACUACAUUCGAAUACAUUCAGGCUUCAGACAUGACCUGGGGCGGCUUCAACUGGAAACUCAACUUUAGGUGGUACCGAGUACCAGAGCGCGAGAUGUCCCGGCGCGGCGGGGACCGCACGGCUCCGCUUCGGACCCCCACAAUGGCCGGGGGUCUCUUCGCCAUAGACAAGGAGUACUUCUACAAGAUCGGCUCCUACGACCAGGGCAUGGACAUCUGGGGCGGAGAGAACUUGGAGAUGAGCUUUCGGGUGUGGAUGUGCGGCGGCACGCUGGAGAUAGCGCCGUGCUCGCACGUCGGUCACGUGUUCCGCAAGACCACGCCCUACUCGUUCCCCGGCGGCACGGGCCGAGUCGUCAACCACAACAACGCGCGGCUCGCCGAAGUGUGGCUUGACGACUGGAAGCAUUUCUACUACAAUAUUAACCCAGGUGCGUUGAAUGUGCCCGUGGGUGAUGUGAGCGAGAGGAAGGCUCUUCGGGAGCGACUCAAGUGCAAGAGCUUCAGAUGGUACUUGGAGAACAUAUACCCUGAGAGCCAGAUGCCCCUCGACUACUAUUACUUGGGAGAGAUCCGCAACGCCGAGACGUCGAACUGUCUGGACACACUCGGCGGGAAAGCCGGUCAGCCACUCGGCAUGGGAUACUGCCACGGCAUGGGUGGUAACCAGGUGUUCGCAUACACGAAGCGUAAACAGAUAAUGUCGGACGACAACUGUUUAGACGCGGCCAACCCGCGCGGGCCCAUCAAGCUCAUACGGUGUCACGGCAUGCACGGCAACCAGGAGUGGACGUAUGAUACUAAGACUCGUACGAUAAAGCACACGAACACGGGCAUGUGCCUGGACAAGCCGGCGGCGGCGGACGUGUGGAAGCCAGUACUGCGCGCGUGCGACCGCUCGCGGGGACAGCAGUGGCUCAUGGCGCUCGACUUCAAGUGGCAGGCGCGCCGGCACAGCUAGUGACCGCCAUGGUUCGACAACGAUAGACCAUAACAGUCUUCCCCUGUCGUUAUUAAAGAUUUAAAUCCUUUACUGUAUCUAAAGUUUUAUAUCUACUAGAGUAUAUGGUGAGAUUCACACAAAAUGGGAGAGACGUGCUAACAGCAAAGAUAUACAUCAUUGCUCAUUUAAACAAGCUCACUUUACCCUUCCGAUUUUUUAAAAUUAAAGAACUAAGUUGAUAAAAUAUAAAGAAAUUGGUAUCUCUCUCUUGUUUUGUGUGUGAAGUGUGAAAGUCUACUUUCACAUUUUCGUUAUGGUGGCAUUAUGGUAAAUAAUAGUCUAUAUCUAUAACCAUACAGUGCCCAAGCAGUCUUAAACAACAAAAACAACAAAAUUGCUUUCUGAUUGGCCUCUAAAAUCGGUCGUUAGACGUAUAUGAGAUUAUUUUGAUUUUUGAUAGAAUCCGGACUGGAUCCUAUCAAAUAUCAGAAUGAAGUUUUAUAGAUGUUAAAAUAGCAUAAAAGUGAUAUAAAAUUAGUAAAAUUUUAAAUGACAUAAUCCAAUCAUAAUGGCGUCAUAAUGAUCAUGUCGUUAGUAGACUGACCCCAGGUGAAUCGUUGACAAUACAAGCGCUGUAAUGUUUUAUUUCCUAAAAUUUGCUCAAACUUAGGUGUUUGGUGUGACAUAGAGUGAGUUUUAUUUGCGAUUUGGGAAUUUGCGUAGAUAUAAAUCGUAGACGGGUAGAGCCAAAGUGAUGUAAGUAACGUUUUACAUUUUUUUUUCUAUAAAAUCACUUUUUGAUUGAAUAUAAUUUUGUAAAAUGAGAAUAUUAUUUAUGUAUUCUUUGGUUUUCGUUCUCAAUAUUAACUUAAAGAACAUGUCACACUAUGGCUCUACCAUAUUUAUGAAAUUUGCUAGAUUUUAUUGAAAUGCGUUGAUGGCAAUUAUUUUCGAGAUUAUAUUUGUUGUUGAGAUGAAACACGAGCGUUAAUCAAAGUCACAAAUAUUUAGUAGAGAAAUAGAGUGAGUUUAAGUUUCUUACAUGUUGAUAGAACCAAGGUAGCUGUAGUUCGCGUACAAGAGAUUAUAAUAUCGAAACAGACAUUUAAUAGUAAUUUUAUAAAUCUUAUUUGCAACUGUAUUAACUUUGUUUAAACGUAGAAAUGAGUUCUUAUUUUGUUGGUCACCUUUGUAACUUUGGUAGGCCAGUGUUUCAUAUUGUUUGUAAAUACCACGUUCGUGAUUUUAGACAUAAAUUGAGAUUAUAAAAUAUGUGUGAGCUUUCAAAUCUCAAAACACGAUAAUUUUAUUCCAACUUAGUUUUCCAUCUGAAGUUGGCAACGUGGCUAACUUCAGACUGUAGAUUUUUACUUUUUAACAGUUCCAAGUUUACUCAUACUGUCAGAAAUUUUUAGUGCUCGAACUAGAAUAAACAAUAUUCAGUUGUAUUAGACGUCCACUUCUGUACAAUUAAUAGUAAUUGAUUAGUUAGAAAUAUUUUAUUGAUAUGCCUUCUUUUGUCUUCUUUUUAUGAGCUAUAAUAUUUAUUAAAUUUUAUCAAGAGUCCGAGUGGCUUAUGUCUUCUAGUGUAAAAUUGUUUUAUUCUUUUUACUACUCGAACCAGAUUAGAACUGAGUAGUGAAGCUAGCGAGCGGCACACUAGUGUCAUAUAGACCAACUGCCUAACAUUUGCCUCAAAUAUUUAUUAGUUUCGUAGUUUUAUUCACUGUAUUGUAUCGAGCAAUAAAUUUUUUAAAUAUUGAAUAUCCCAAGUUAUAUAUUUUAUACUUUGUCUUCUAGACUCUUGAGUAAGGUAUAUAUUGUAUAUAUUUAAAAGUUGUUUCUCUAAAUAUUGUAAAUUUAUAGUGUGAAGUUUUGGGUCGCAUAUAAGGAACGACCUAAUAAAUUUCACAUAGGUUUUAUUUAUCAGGCCGUUAGUGCAAAAAUAUUUCUUUAUUAUCCAUCAAGUAUAUAUUUAGGAUAGCUGCAAAAAUACGAUGAAAUACAGGUGCUCAAAAAAUAAUUUUGGUGGGUUACACCACUUUUGCGCCAACGGCCUCGAACAUAGACAAAAGUUGAAUACUCUAUAUUCUAAUUUUGCGAUUUUAUGUACGAAUUUAAAUGCAUUAAUAAUAGUAUAGCUGUCACGAAUGUAAUGUUUUUGAUAUUAAGUAUUUAGGCAAGUAUAAAAGGCAUAUCUUAUACGUAGAGGCACAUAUUUUAUUGCCAUAAUAUAACUUCCAAACACUAUUUCACGAUACAACCACAAUAGUUUAGCCGA